CCCACCCACCCCUAUUUUUCAAACUUUAAUUUCCUCUCUCAUCUAACAAAAGAACCCCACUCUCUCUCUCCUCUCCAUCCACAACUAAUCAAGAAUCUCUGCAAUAUUUCACCGGAGUAACAUGUCGUCGAUUCUUGGCAGCGGCAGCGGCAGCGGCGGCGGCGGCGACGGCGGCGGAGCGGCGACUUUCCACGAAUUCAAAAAACAGGCUUCUUUCUUCCUCAAGGAGAAAAUCAAGACCGCCCGAUUAGCCCUGACUGACGUCACCCCAGCCCAACUAUUGGCUGAAGAAGCGACGAAUGGGAAUAUUCCUCCCGACGCAAGAACUCUGAAGAUGAUUUCGAAGGCAGCUUUUGAAGUGGAUGAUUACUGGAGGAUCGUCGACAUCCUCCACAAAAGGUUAGUGAAAUUCGAUAGUAGAAAUUGGCGGCCGCCGUACACGGCGGUGGUAGUGGUGGAGCAUUUGGUGACACACGGGCCGGAGAGGGCGGCGGAGGAGUUCCGAUCGGACAGCGGUGUUAUUGCCGAGAUGCUGACUUUCCACCACCUCGACGACAAAGGAUUUGAUUGGGGAUUGAGUGUUCGGAACAAAUCCCAAAGAGUACUGAAGCUUCUAGAAAAAGGUUCUUUUCUAAAAGAAGAAAGAGAUAAAGCCAGGAGGAUAUCGCGCGGCAUUAAGGGCUUUGGAAGCUUUAGCCACCGCGGCGGCGGCGGCCGGGACCCACCCGAGCCGCCAGUCGCCCGGUGCAAAUCAGCCGUCGACGGCAGCUCAGAAGAUUUCUUUUCAAUAAAAAACGAAUGUAUCGUGGCUAGUAAUGGCCCCCUUAACCUCGUCGAUAAGGACUUAAAAAUUCGAGUAAAUUCCAAAGAGAACUUUGCUCCAAACGACGAAAUUGUUGCCAAUGCAGCAGCAGGGCAAGAUGUGUCCGGAAAGACGGGAGAUCAACAUCCCUUUGAUGAUGCCGAGGUUCUGACAGCUACGCCGCUGCUCUCUACGGCGCGCUGAUCGUGAUUUGUCUUAAAAACACGUGUUUGGAUUGCCGGUCGAACACACAUUAUGUUAACUUGAGUGUUAGCGCAGUUUCGCUGUUCGAAUAAAACAGUAGCAAUGUGUUCUUACAUGAUUUAGGCCGCGGUUUCUUCCUUAAACUCUUGUUUCGUGUUCUUGAUUACAGCUUGGUUGUUAUUAUUUAGACUCUCGGAAACUUAAUUUC